GGGUUAGCCGCUCCCUGGAAGGAAAGAUGCCAGCCGCCCAGGAGACGGGCAGAAGCGCCGCUUGGCAUGGCGGCGGAGGUCAAGUCUCUUGGGCCAAGGCGAGGGGUAGAGGGCCGAGGCCCGAGAGCGCCGGAGUCAAGGCCGGGGAGGGGCGAGGCGACCCCGGCCGCCGCUACGGCUCCAGGCUCCAGGAGGCGGCUUCUCACCCCCGCACAGGGCGCCACUAGCCUGGCAGCGUGGGCGGGAUCGCCAUGGGGGACCCGGCCCACCAGGACUAUAAGAUCCCGUCCCUCGACGCCGAGACCCAGCAGCUCCUGAAGACAGCGCUCAAAGAGCCCAAUUCCGUGGACUUGGAGAGAGUAGCCAACGUCCUCGUGGACCAGUCGUUGCAGGACUACGUGUUCAGCAAGGAGGCCGGGCGCAUCUGCUACACCAUCAUGCAGGCGGAGAACAAGCCGUCGGGCCAGAGCGUGUUCCGCCGCGGGCUUCUGAAUCGGCUGCAGCAGGAGUACCAGAGCCGCGACCAGCUGCGCGCCCGCUCCCGGCGCGGAUGGGUCGGCUACGUCACCUUCAUCUGCAACGUCUUCGACUACCUGAGGGUGAACAACAUGCCCAUGGUGGCUCUGGUGAACCCCGUUUUUGAUUGCCUUUUCCGGCUGGCCCAGCCUGACAGCCUAUGCCAGGAGGAGGAGGUGGACUGUCUGGUGUUGCAGCUGCACCGUAUCGGGGAGCAGCUGGAGGCGAUGAACGGACAGCGCAUGGCGGAGCUGUGGGAGCGGCUGCGGGACGGCUUCCUGCUGGAGCCGGGGCUCAGCUCCAUGGCGCGGCUGCAGCUGCUGGAGCUCAUCGAGUUCCGGGCGGCCGGCUGGAGGACCAGCCCGGCCGCGCAGAGAUACUACUACAGCGAGGUGUGCGGCUAGCCACGCCCGGGGGAGGCAGGGCUGGGUCUGGGCCGGCCCUUGCCGUGCACGCACACACAAGCACAUGCACAUACCCACCCACCAUGGGGUUAGCCAGGAUCCUGUGUGGCCCCUCUGCUGCACCUCCCCCAGGCUGAGGGGAGUCUGGUCUCCUCACUGAUUUCCCCUCAACCAGUGCCUCCAACUUUCCCAUCUGUAAAAUGGCCCCGGGGCCCCGAGCGGGACCAAAGCAGGUGUGGAUGGGGCCGGUCCGUCAAGCGCAGGCCCUAGCCCCAGCGGCCCGCUCUUUCCUUUUUUACCCAUUUUGUACCGGAGCUCCGAUGGAAGACAGGGAGUCCAGAGGGGAACUUUUCUCACACAGCAGAGUUUUAAUGAACUGCUCAACCGCCUGCUGGGGCCCCACGGGGGCUUUUCUAAUAAACGUUUUCCAAGCUCA